AUGAAAAUUUUCACAACUUCACACAUAUUCCGCUAUCCCUGGACACAAGUAAGCGCUGCAAAUUGGCGCAAAUACCCAAAUGAGAACUGCCCUCACGUAAUAGCAAUAGACGUAAUCGACCAACACGUCGAUCCGGAGACAGGCAUUCUACGGUUAGAAAGGUUGAUAACGUGUAAGCAAAAUGUCCCCUCGUUUAUACGGCGUUUGUGUGGUGCAGCAUCAGUUACAUAUGCAAGAGAAAUCAGCGAAAUAGACCCAAAGAAUAAAGUAUUAAAGAUGACUAGUUGGAAUUUGAGUUUGAAGCACUUGGUCAGUGUUGCUGAGACUGUUGUGUAUUCGGAAGAUCCCGAAGAUUCAUCAAGAACUUGCUUUACUCAAGAAGCAAGCAUAAAGUGCGGUGAAUCUCUCGAGCGCUUUGCAAAUUACAUAGAAUCUUUUUGCGUCCAGCGAUUCCACGACAAUGCACAAAAGGGACGUCAAGGAUUUGAAACGGUGUUAGAACGACUGAGGCAGAGCAGAGCAGCGAUGCCUGCACAAGAAACGCAUGACUAG